AUGUUAAGAUAUGGUUUUGAUCCAAACCAAAAAACAAGAAAAUCCAGACAAGAAACUCCACUUUUCCUAUUAACAAGAAACUUUGAAGCAACACUUGAUGAAAACAAAUCAAAAAGCAUGUUGGAAAUGAUUAAGUUAUUGUUAGAUUUCGAUGCAGAUCCAACUCUAUCGGAUAUUCUUCUAUGGAAGCCUAUUCAUAUGGUUCAAGAGAAGAAGAUUAUUAAAAUGUUACUGAAAAAGGGUGAAUUAAUAGACUCAGUGGGAGGAACAAUGCAGCAAACGCCCCUAAUGCUAAGCUCUAGAAAGGGAAAUGCAGAGUUAGUAGAAUGGCUAUUGAAAAAUCAUGCAAAUCCAAAUGUUAGUGAUAAGAAUGGUUUCUUCCCUAUUCAUCAUGCUUUGGGAAAUGAAUCUGUUGUUAAAUUACUCAUUACCAUUGGGAAACAAGAUAUUAAUAGGAGAGCAGAUAACCCAGAAGGAUUUACACCACUGCAUUUUUGUUGCGAGAGAGAAACUAAGGGAAUUCACGGAAAAUCAAAUCUGUUGAUUAUGUUUAAUGCAGAUCCAAAUGUUAGAAGUUUAAUAACCAACAGAUCUGCGGAAGAUGUAUCUGAAAAUCACAAAUAUCUUUUCAAACUCUAUAGAAGCAGUAGGAAGGAACUGAGCUUGCAAAAACCAAUUGAUUCGAGUCACGAAGCAGGAAAUGAGGACAAUGCCAGUGAGGAUGAAGAGGAAACUGAUGAAGUGAACAUAAUUAUGAAGGAACAGUUCAAUAAGUACAUGAUUAAUUAUAAUUACCUGGAUUCUGUUAACGAAAAACGAAUGUCUAUUUCACAUCUAAUUAUUUAUGAUUACAUUGAAUAG